AUGCGGAAAGCGGCCCCGACCUCUUUCCUCACAUACACGGCUCACCUGCAACACACCACAUUCUCACCCGCGCAACCAAAACAAAAGCCCAUCACUCCAUCACUCCAUCUCACAUCUGCACCUCAAAACUACACCAACCACCUAGCAAGAGUAAUCAACACAAUCGCUAUGCCAGCCAAACGUCACGGUCGAGGAGGCCAAAGCCAGAGCCCAGGGCAAUACCAGAACACUGCACAUCCCUCGCACAACCACAGCCAGGACCCGUGCCACCAAGCUCAUCACCACUCCAACCUUCGAGGCCAGUCUCACCACGACCACCAAGACCAACAACAUCAACAGCAAGAGCAAGAGCAACAGCAACAGCCCCAAGGCCAACAACAGCAAACGCAGUCGCCACAACAGCAACGACCUCACCACCAAGGCCACCAGCAAAAUCACCCCAACGGCACGAGCACCGCCGCACCAACAGAAUCAGAAUCAGGAUCAGCAGACCAGAUCCCCCCCACAGAUCCCGCUGAGACGACGAGGCUCUGGAAGAUCGUGCGGCUGACGCUGAUUCUGAAAGACGAGGGGGACUCCGAGUGGGCUGACCAGAGUCGGUUGAAGCAAGGGGCGAGGGAGAUGGUGGAACAGGAGGAGGUGUGA